CACCCACCAGAGCACCAGGCAAUGGGCAUGGGCACCGGCAGCAUGCUCUCAUAUUCGGAUGGAUUAAAAUAGGGGGGCCAAGUGGUGCUUUUCUUUAAUUGUAAGUGAGAGCCAUCGGGUUUGCCAUCGCAUACAUCCACAUCAUGGAGGAGGAGGAGGCUGUACGAACUUCUCCCUGGUUUCCAAAGCAACCCAAGUUUCGGGUGAGCGUUGGGCACCUCUCUGAGCCAGUUGAACCCCUGGUCGUGAUUCCAGUCGAUACUAUCUGUGUGUCCUGAUCUAUGACCAACGAACAGGUGCUGUUCCUCUGUUCCUGUGAUUGAAAACUGACCUCCGAAGACUAAAAGGCUGUGCUUCAAACCCGUUGGAGGUGAAUCCAGAGGGCCCUUUCCACGGACUUCAUCGUCAUUGUUUACGGUGUCUUUUUGAUCGAAAACAACUAUUUGGCUCUUCCUCGACUCAAUCAAUCCCAGUCCUCAUGCUUAUACCUGUAUGAUAUAUACGUACGUACGUGGUUUCCGUGAGCAAUGUGAGUGACCCAUGUCCUGGCUUUCGUGUUGAACAAGCUCAUGAAAUAUUCAAUAUUUUGGCACCAAGCUCUGGUCAAAGCCAAAGAAAGCCAUGAUUAUUAUCCUCCCUAAUCUUUGAAAGCCGGAAUGACUUCACGAAUGAGGUUUGGUAUGGACAUCAUGGCAGGAGGAACAGCGAUAAGUGCCAAUAAUUCGUCCCAUGAGAUACAAGGAUUAUCUUUCGCCUCAAACCAUGGGACCGGGGAUCCUAGUUUUGCUGUGAAUCUUCAAGACCAUGAUCACUUAGCAGGUGGCGAUUCAAGUCUUGGCUCAACAACAACUUAUUUAAAUCCAAUGGGAGUGGACCGUCUUCAAGCCACGCCAGAAGAUGCUACCUUACAAGAUUCGGCAACUGGUUACCUCCAGUAUGAUGAGGCUUCAGGAAGUGCAUUUGCCUCAGCUUCAGCUUUGAAUCCCGCCACCUCCCUUUCAUCUGCAGUGUCCAAUUAUGGCCAUUACACAAUUAACAAUCAACUCCAAAGCGACGCACCUCAAUCUGGGUAUUCAUCCUAUGAUCCAGGUCUUCGGAUGCCAAAUGCCCCUCACACCUUGGCUAACUUGAGCCCAAUGACCUCGCUAACCACUCAGGCCAAUCUUGGCCUCGGUAACAUGGCCCAUAUCGUCUCUGUCAAUGGGGCUCCUUUCAUCUACCAACCUUCUGCAAAUGGUGUUCAUGGUUCCUUGACUCUGUUGGAAGCACAAGCCAUUAAACCGGCCUCACCUCCUCAUAACACAAUUGACAUUAGUCAGCUGAAUUCAAACUUGGAUGCUUUGGAGACAGCGACAUCUGGUGCCGGCCACGCAGGACAACAUCAAGCCCCAAAUUUGACUUAUGCGUCUAGAGUUUCACAUACGACUAUUGCGUGGCUGAUCAGCAACUACGAGACAGCUGAAGGCGUAAGCUUGCCUAGGAAAACUUUAUACGGCCACUACCAAUCUCAUUGCAAGGAAACCAAUCAAGAGCCAGUAAACGCUGCCAGUUUUGGGAAGUUGAUUCGUUCUGUGUUUUUGGGACUUCGAACUCGUCGGAUUGGAACACGUGGGAACUCCAAAUACCAUUAUUAUGGCAUCAGGGUGAAAGCAGAUUCACCUCUCAUGAAAGUUGAAGAAAUGCAAGCUCCUCCACAACCCAACCCCAAGAUCCCCAAUCAGGGCCGAAAACGACCUUUUCCCUCGAUCGAAACUCCCGCUUCAAGUGGAUGUCAGUCUGACCUGGCUCCCUCAUCCAUACCAACUACAUCAAAUAAACCAUCAAAACCUGCGAGCACGCACUCAUCACAGGCCUCUGAUCGAGACUCCUCACCUAAUUCAACGGUCAACUCCUCAGACCCCAUUGUUCCCGACCAAUCAUUCCAAGUAACCAGUUCACAAAGCAAUCCAUCUGCCCUCCAGCAUCUCGGAGCAAUUACUUCAGAUAUUGAAGGCUUUCCCUUAAUGGACGACAUAUUGGCUCAAUUGCAUUCGAAGAAGCAAGUUGUCGACAAGAACUUGUUCAACCUUUUUGCAAACUAUUACCACUCUCAUUGCAAAACAAUUGUUGACGUCGUUGUGUCACUCAAUUUUUCAACUUUGGAGAAACUUUGGAUCCGAUUUUGGCGUCCACUCAACGGGGCUCGUUCAUCCAAGACCGCCAAUGAGAACGUUGUUCACUCUACUGACGUUGGCAGUGAAGAGGAUGACGAAGAGGACGACGAUGAUCCUGACAUGGAUGACGAGGACGACGAAGACGAAGGCGAUGAUAAAGACAUCAUAAUCAAAUCACAAUUGAAAAAUCUGAUCAAGAUCCACGAGAUUCAAAAAUUCAUUGAGAAGGCAGACUAUGCCGUGUAUCAAAAACUAGUCAAUUUCUUCUUCCCUGAGGUUAUGAAAACGAUUCCAAAUGCACUCACUCAAGCCAUUCGGACCUUUGCCAAAAGCUUAGAAGGAUGGAUGGAGGUCUCUCUAAAACAAGCGGACCCAGAAUUCAAGAGGAUCAAGAUCGUGACAGUGAAAUCCCUUUCUCAGACUUUGAGGCGAUACACUUGCUUAAACCAUCUCGCUCAGGCGGCAAGAGCAGUCCUGGUCGACCCUGUCCGUGUUACGCAGAUGUUCAACGAUCUCAACAAGGUGGACUUCGCCAAUGUUCAAGAGCAGGCCGCGUGGGUGUGUCAAUGUGAUUCCAAAAUGUUCAUAACUCUGGAGCGAGAGUGUAAAAGUACCCUUCAGAAUCAAGCUUCAUUAGAGAAAUGGACGGAGUGGCUCAAUCGGAUAGUUGACAAAACCUUAGGUCCAUAUGAGAACAAACCCGAGUUCACAAAGGCAGCUCGGCAACUUCUGUUAAGAUGGUCAUACUACAGCUGUAUUGUGGUCCGAGAUUUGACUUUGAGAUCGGCGGAAAGUUUUGGAUCCUUCCAUCUGAUUCGACUCCUUUACGACGAAUACAUGUUUUAUGAAGUUCAACAACGCGUGGCGAGAGUACUUAAGAUGUCGCCGGUGGCGGUUAUGGGACUUGGGAUUCAUAAUGGCCUGGGAGACCCGGACGCCAUCAAUUUUAAGGUCUUGUCCAAUGACUUAUUGCAAGGUGGCAUUGACGAGCCUCCAUCCUCAUCUUCUUCGGAAGCCGCCUCAAAUCCCGUUCAGAUUGAGGAACCAAAGGUCAUGAGACCAAAGACCUAAGACCAAAUAUCCUCAUAUCAUCAUCGUUAAAACUAACUUGUGUGGUCAACGCAUGCUGUGCCAGUGUGAUCAGUGUUACUAUUGUUCCAAGAUUUUGCAAUAUGAAUUCCUUUUCAAGCAGUAUUACGUUAAAAAACAACUCUUAACUCACCACUCAUCCAUCUACUAUUUAGUGCCUUAAAGCGUGAAAUACAUUGUUGUUGUCCCGUAACUUUAUGUUUGCAUCAAGUGAGCAAAACAUCCGAUCUGAAGAAAUGUUACUAACUAAUUAACCAAACUGUGGCUUGUUCGAGAUUGGAUCAAUAAGUAGUAAAAUCCUACUCAAACCUCUUGAUGAAGUUGCGUGAUAUUGGGUCAUACAUUCGCCAAUCUAUCUUCACAACUUGUAGGCUUUUUCCACAGGUCCUUCCCUCUCUUUUAGUUCGACUAUGGCACAGAUGACAAAAAAUUUAUGUUAAGUAGAUCUGACACUAUCACAGUGCCUGAAUGCCAUUUCCGGCAAUUUGAGCUGAGAGGAUUCUUGGGCAAAUUUUCUUUAAUUGUGAAGAAUUGUACCACCCGACAUCGCAAAAUUUCAUCGAGAGGUUUGAAUAUGAUUUCAUAAAUUAUUGAAUAAAUCUAAAUUGAUCAGUCAAUUGGAA